AUGGUGCGGUUUGACGCAGACUUUGAGACGGGCAACCUGGCAAGGGUAGAGCCAGCACCCGCGCGCAGACAUGCCUUCUGUCUGUGGCUUCGUGGAAGCGAGUGCGAGGAUGCCGUCGGCAGAGAACCUGCUCAAGCCGCCGACCACGACGGCUGGUUCCACUUCCGACUCACCGACAUGGCGCCAGAGACGACGUACACGCUGACGCUGAUGAACCUGCCUCUUGCGCUCAAGCGCAUCUACGCCAAGGAUGUUCGUCCGCUGGUAGCAUGGGGUGCCGAUGGGUCCUGGGUCCGCCUCGAAGGCCCCUGCCAGUUCAAGACCUCCGCCAACGCUCUCCAGCUGCGGUUCAAGAUCCGCGCGACGAGGGCAUCGCCGGCCAACUCGCGUCUGGGGCCGGACGUCGGUGGCUCGUCCGACGACGCCUCAUCAGAUCUCCCGCAUCGGCCUGCUGUCGGAUCAUCCGCUGACGAGCUGGCUAGCGUCCGCAUCGCCGCCUGGCUGCCGUACUCGCAUGCAGAGCUCCAGUCCACACUGAGUGGCCUGGACGCCAAGUUUGGCAGCCGGCGCCGUGGGCGGAGCAGCAAGCUUGCGCCGCGCGUCUUUUACGCGCGUGAGCUUCUCGCUCGCUCACGGCUCGGCCGCCGCAUCGACCUACUCACCGUCACCCAAGAUGUGGCCGCGCCACCGCCGCUCCCACCAGUCGCCGACGUCGCCAAGCCGUCGCCGCACUCGGAGACCUCGGGCAACUCACGGUCGGGAGCAACUCAGGUCGUGCGGGCACGCGCUGCGCCGCGCCUCCCGUCCUCGGCCCUCGAUGCGCAAGACUACGUCGACGGCGCGUUCCCGGACCGAACCUCGCCGCGGCCGCCCAUCUUUCCCACUCGUCAGGUCGUGCUCAUCUUUGCGCGGGUAGUGGCAUCUGACUCACCGGCGUCACAUGUGGUCGACGCCUUGAUCCGCGCGCUCACGUCCGACUCGGCGGUGGCCACACUCCUCCGCUCGCGCUUUGUCUUUAACAUUGUGCCAAUGGUCAACCCGGACGGCGUAGCGGGUGGCUGCAACGACGCUACUGUCAACGGCGUGGACGUUGCGGAAGCCUUGGCCGCGCGCAGCGACGACGGCAUCGCCAGCCGCACACCGGGCGCUGCCGCGCUGAGAGCGCUCGCUGCUGCGCUCGGCAAGCGCCGAUCGGUGGCGUAUGUGUUUGAGCUCCGGGCCAACGUGGCCCGUCGGCACACCCGGAUUCUCGGUAACGCGCUCCCGAACGCGUACGAUCAGACCAGCAACGCGCUGUUUGCGCUCCUCUUCGCGCGCGCCUCGCCGUUUGUCAACAUCGGGUCGGAAACGCCGUCGUCAACACUUUUCACCCCGCUCGGCGAGCCGUCCACCUUGUCACAUCCCGCCUUCCAUGACCUCACGCGGGCUGUCCAUGCGUACACGGUCAAGGUUGCGGCACAUGCGUUGCCACGCAAAGGUCUGCCCCGCGCGCCUCAUCCGCCGGCCGAUCCAGGUGGCUACAUUCACACGGCGCAUGCGCUGCUUGAGGCGAUGGCGGACAUGGCGGGAGGUGCCGGCGGUGAAGGCACCUUGCUUGCCGAUCGCGCAAAGGUGGCGAUGUCGGUCCCGCUUGCGCCGCUAGCGGCGUCGGCGGCAGCGCUCGGACUUGACUCGGGCUCGGCGCGACUGCUUUUUGCGCCUCGUCUCCAGCGCCGACACUGCUGCGUUUGCGCCGCGACCGGCGCCGACAUAUCGACUCGCGCACGUCUCGUCGGCCUCCUUCGAACAACGCUCACGGCGCACGGCUUUGUCGACGCUGGCCCUGAUCACCGUGGCUGGACGCUGUUCUGGGUCGGGCGGCACAUCAGGCCGGCGCUGCUGGUGGCGAUGCAGCCGUACCAAAAGGUCAACCACUUUCCGCUCUCGUCCGAGUUGACUCGCAAGACCGAGCUGACGCUCAACUACGAAACAGCACGGGCGCAAGCUGGCGACGCGCUCUUCGACUUUAUGCCGCAGACGUUUGCGCUGCCACGGCAGGCCGACGAGCUACGUGCGGCAAUCGAGUCUGGGGCGAGCGACUCGCCGCUGUGGAUCUACAAGCCAUCGUCGGGCGCGUGCGGACGCGGCAUUGCGGUGCUCGACUCGCUAGCCAAGGUGCCUGCGCUCGACAAGCCGGCGGUGGUGCAGGCGUACUUGGACAACCCGCUCCUUGUCGACGGGCGCAAGUUUGAUCUCCGACUGUAUGUGGUGGUGACCUCGUUUGCGCCGCUGAGGGCGUUUCUGUACGAAAACGGCCUCGCACGGUUUGCCAACCUCCCAUACACGUCUGCGGCUCAGUCGCUGGACUCUGCAGCGACGCACCUCACCAACGUCUCACUCAACAAGCGGCACAAGGAGUUUGUGAAGAACGCUUCGGCAGCCGACGAUGGGGUCGGAUCGGUCUGGUCGGUGCGUGCAAUGCGAGUGCGGCUGGCGGCCAUGGGGUUUGACGUGGGAGCCAUCUUUGCCGCCAUCGAGCGAGUCAUUGUGGCUGCGCUGAGUGCAGUGGAGCCAGCGAUUGCGCCGCAUGUGGCCGGGCAUCCAUUCCUGCCGUGCUUUGAGCUCUUUGGCUUUGACGUCAUUCUCGACGCCGACGCCAAGCCUUGGCUCCUCGAGGUCAACUCGUUUCCGUCGGUCUCGUGUGGAACGCCUAUGGAUCUGGACAUCAAGUCUCGACUUGUGGCAGACAUUUUUACGCUUAUCGGCCUGGUGCCGCCUGCUUACCGCGAGGCCGUACCCAAGGCGAGCUCGACCGUGGACGCGGCUCGGGCGGAGCUGGCACGGGCCGGAGAGACCGGGUUCAAGUGCAUUUAUCCGGUGCCCACGGCGGCGGCAGCGGCAGCCGGGUACGAUGCUCUUCCGCUGAGCGUGCCGUAUGCCGACGAUGAGGUGGAGGCUGUGUUUGGCGAUGCCGGGGUCGAGACAUUUGACCCGUCGGUGCCGCUGACGCCUGCGGCGGCACGAGUGGUGUUCCGGGCCUAUCUGCGUGCAAUGGCAGAGCGGCUGGGCGACGGUGGGGAGGUGGAUCCGGCUAUUUCAGAGUUUGUGGUGAUGACGAGCAAGUAUGCCGAGGUGCGGUCGAGUGAUGAGCUGACGGCGCUCCGUGAGUACAUUGCAGCGCAUGAGGCAGCUGACCUGGCGCGCGGCGGGAGCAGCAGCGAGCAGCUGAUGCAUUUCAUUGCUGGGGCGAGCGAGGACGAGCUCGAGUCCCUGCUCAAGGCUGUCCACGAGUAUGUGCCUGCGGCGGUGCUGAUGCAUGUCUGAGAGGGCUAGCAGGCAAGUCACCAGUCCGAGUCCGAGUCCCAGUCAUCGUCGUCCGAGUCGACAACAACAACCUUGCGGCGGUCGCCCAUGGCAGACGCGAGCGCAGCGGCAAUGCCGGUGAGCGGCGGUGAGGCCACAGCGGGAGCGGAGGUGGAGCCAAGGUCGGUGCGCUCGGGGGCGCCGACCUUUUUGAGCGAUGCCACGCCCUGGUGGGAUUGGAUGGAUGAGAGUAGCGAGCCACGACCAGCGCCA